AUGCAGAUCUCUCAGUUUCUUCUCGCAACUGGCCUCUUCGCCUCCUCCAUCGUUGCUGCCCCAAUUACCAGUUCUGAUUGGACCAUUCGAGACAUGCAGCGUGUCUGCAACGACGAAAACACCUCAUGCACCUGGUCCUUCGGCAUUGACUCUGGUUCAGACACUACCGGUUGUACCUACAUCGUGGAGGCCACCGAUGCCUCUCGCGCUAACGGAGGCCCUAGUGCAUGUGGCGCAUACACCGUCAGCUCCGGCUGGAGCGGCCAGUUUGAUCCUACCAACGGUUUCACUACCUUGUCCGUUGCCAACAAUGAGGCCGGUCAGAUCAUCUGGCCUGCUUACAACGACGAGCAGCUUGCGGACGGAAAAGUCGUCAAGCCUGACCAGGGCUACACUCCCGCCGCUCUCUGA